CCCUCCAUUUAAGAAUAAUGGGUAUAUAUUCUGUGAGAUGUAUCGAAUGAGACAGAGCUAAUUGUGGUCUAAGAUACAGAUAGUGUCUGAAAAUGCAUUGUUUGUUCGUAUUUGCUUUGAUCGCAGCUGCGACUGCUGACGUCAUUUAUAAAGGACCCUGCCCUAACAUCCAGCCUAAAGCAGACUUUGACUUCUCUGCUUACCAAGGAACAUGGUACGAAAUGGCUCGUUACCCUCACGCCGGCGAAGAAGGUGUUAAGGGCAAAUGUACGCUCAUCGAAUACUACAUGUUUGGGAAUAACAGCGGCAGAGUAAAAAAAAGCCACGUUGUGGAUAACAUACAGAAAUAUGUCGAAGGAAAUUUGAUGUUAGCUGGACCUGCUACCAUGAUGACCACAUUAACUUUUGGAGGUGUGUCAAAGAACGCAUACAUCACCGUACUUGACACUGAUUACUCGAACUAUGCUAUAGCAUACAGUUGCCGAUACUUCCCUGAUGGCAACAAACAUCAAGUGCGGUCAUGGAUUAUGUCAAGAACUACCACACUGGACGAGAACUCAAGGGCCAUGGUUGAUAGUUACUUGAACGAUUCUAGAAUACUCGAUACCAACAAAUACAUGGGCAACGAUUAUUCACCAGCGGCCUGCCAGGCGUCUCUUGUCAAAUCAAUUACUGAUUUACAGCCUCAAUAUUAUUGACACGCUCAAAACAUAGAGUGAAAUGUUAUCGCAAUGUAAAUACUUAAU